AUGGCCUCGUUACGAAGUAAACAUUUGGUACAGUUAGCAUUAAAUACUGAACGCAGCGGAGAUUUAGAUCAAUUAGAUCAAAUCCCCUCUAUGAAUGGGGAGAACGUCGAUUAUGAAAACAUGUUUAUGACCAGUUCAGAUGCUUUUGACAUAGACAAUAUUCCAAUUAUUAUUGCGGAAAACGAUGAUAUAGCCACUCAGCAUUUAGGGCAAUUAUUUGUCGAUAAUAACUUAGUAAAUGCCCCUUUAUGGUCUGAGGUAGAUGAGCACAAUGAACAUUAUUCGUCUAGCUCAGAAUCGGAACCUGAACAAAAAACUUCAAAAAUAAAAUCCAAAUUUAAACGAUUUGAUUCUGACUUGUCCUUUAAUGAAGUAAAUAACCAAUAUGCUACUGAUUCUGAUGUAGAAGAACCGAUGGAUGAAUUAUUAACAGAGAUUGUUGGAGAAUCCGGUUUGAGAAAAGCUAAGUCACCCAAUAAAAGGCACACACGAAGGAUUCAAAAACUUUUGGGCGCUGGGAAGUCUGUGCAAGACAACCCUUCAGAAGAUGAAAAACGUUACGAAAUUCAUUUAAAACACAAAGAAGAAAGUAAAAAACUAUUUUUGUCCGAUCAAAAAAUUGCAAAGGAAGAUAAAACUUUUGUAUGUGCAAGUUUUGACCUGCAAAAGGUUUUAAAUACUCCUCAUGGUGAUAAUAUGCUGUUAUAUUACUCACGGAAAUACGCGGUAUACAAUGAAACAGUAUAUGAAAGUGGAACAAGGCGCACGUUUUGCUAUUUGUGGGGUGAAACCGACGGUAAUCGUGGCUGCGAUGAGAUCUGCACAAUUAUAAAUAAAUAUUUGCAAGACGUUGACCAGCGUGUUUUUGUCAAAUUCGUUGUGCUUUACUGCGAUAGCUGCUCCGGGCAGAAUAGAAACAGGGCCAUGUUGAGUAUGUUGCAUCAAUUUUUAAAAAGUUCCAAGAACGUCCAUCAUAUAAAAAUAGUGUUUCUUCUUCCGGGACAUACGUACAUGCCCGUAGACUCGGUCCAUGCAACAAUAGAACGCUUCAUUAACAAACGCACCGUUUGGGCGCCAUCGGAAUGGCAUACUUUAAUCGCUAAUGCGAGGGUUAAUCAUACACCUUUUGAGGUAAUUAAUAUGAAGCAUACCGAUUUCAUGUCUUGGAAAGAAGCGGCUAAAAAUGUAUUACCAAACAAAAUUAAUAAAACAAAAGAAGGAGAAAAAAUUUUACUGAGUCAGCUAAGAAUUGCUUCUUUCAAAAAAGGUGAAGAUGUCAUUAAAAUUCAAUAUUCUUUUUUGGACUGCGACGGACAACAAACUGUAGAACUUCGUCAACCACGUAAAUCUAAAAGGUCAGCCAGCAGUCUCCUAGAAAUGCCGAAAAUAGGAAAUUUAUAUCCAUCACCGCUCCCAAUUUCUGCCUUGAAGUUAAAGAAUUUAAUGGACCUAUGUGCCAAGCGCGUGAUUCCAGAACGCUACCACAAAGAAUACGAAAAUUUUAAGGGUACGAUAGAGGUUGAAGAUACAUUGGCAGAAACGGAUGAAGAGGAUGAAAAAGAUAUUGUGAUGGAGGAGGAGGUGAUGAUAUUGGUUCAGUGGGUGUUGUUAGUAGUGGUUCUGGUGGUUUUGGUGUUGGUGUUUUUGGUGGUGAUGGUGAAGUUGGAUUAG